AUGGGAUUUUUGUAUGGUGUUCUCAGUGAAGUAAAAAAUGAAGAUGCAGUUAAAACGUAUGAUAAUAAUCCACAACUUAAGCUUGAAAAGGUACUAAAUGACUUACAAUCUCAAAUUGGCUCCGGCCGUACGGGGCUUGUGGCGUCUGUCACGCAGGUGAAGGGGUGGUUGGAGGGGUAUGAGAGGGAGGUGAAUGAAAAAACAGGAAAAGUAAUCGAUGCAUUAGUUAAUUAUAUGAAAAUAAUAGGUGUGCAAGCUGCUCAGUUAGACAGUCUUCCCGAUAAAAGUUUUGAUAACGUUGACAAGUAUUUUACUGCCUAUGCUGCUGAGGCCAAACAGCUUGUUGGCAAGCUGACUGAGAAUGGAGAAAAAAUAAGAGAAUUGGAUGCGGAGUUAAAAAAUAAAUUAUCGAAUCCAAUAGUUAUGAUUAGUCAGGCCGUUGAUUCUCUUGAAAAAUCAUGUCAAAAUAAAGACCUUCAAGACUUGAAUCAGUAUGCGGAAGGUGAACUAAUUGACUUGGAAAAGAGAGUGGCAAACAAGGUUACUGGUCGUAUGAUAGAGUUUCGAAAUACGUUGCAGGAUGAAUUUAACAAACAAAUUUGGGAUCGUAUCAAGAAAGUCAAGGGCAAGCUAACGAUAGUUGACAACGAUUUGAAAAAUUGGAUUAAGGCGGCGAGAGAGUUACUUCAACGGACUCAUGAUGAGGCGCUUAAUAAAGUUCAUGAAAAGUUGAAUCCUGACGGCACGGAGAGCAAUAAGGUGAUUGGACAGAAGAUUGAUGCCCUUAAGAAGGCUCAUGGAAAAGAUGCACCUAACAGCGCAACGGACCCAGAGAGCAUGGAAUAUGUUUUGAAAAAGGUGGUGGAACCGGCAUUAGGUGAAGCUGCAACGCUAGUGGAUACGAAGAUUGGCAUCACCGGUAAAAACGACUCCGAGUUCACGAAACUUGACAAUGAAGCCGGAGGGAUUUAUGGCGCCGCUAGCGGAAUACGUCAAACGCUCGAAGCUACAGUCGGUAGAAUUAUGUCAACACUUGGGAAGAUUUCAGAAGCGAUUAAUUAUUCCGAGUUUGUUACAACCGAAGCUAGCAGUGAUACGGGAUUGGGACCGACCAUUACGCAGCUCGAUGCGGCGCUUCGCGGAGAUAUUGUGGCUCUUGAGAAGCUCGAUGAUCGUUUAGAAAAAUACGGAGAUGACAAGUUUAGUCAGGCUCUUAUCAAAGCCGUAACAGCGGUGCGUAAGCAAAUAGAAGGUCUUACAGAUUUGAAGCAUAGUUCGACAAAUAAAGCUGCAGAAAUCCAUAGGCAAAGCGUUACGAAUCUGUUUCAGAUUAAAAAUGAGUUGCAGGAUGCAGUGACGGAAUUCUUGAGCAGAAUAGGAGAUCUGAAAUCCACAGGCGCCACAAAAUAUAUGCAGCCCAUACGAGACGCCUACACUGCCAUGAGAAGGAUAAACGAUAUCUCAAAAUCUGUCGGUUCAACAAACUCCAUUGUCAUCAAAAUGCUAAGCACAGCGCAGAGUACUAUAAAACGAAAUACUACAGCGAUAUGGAGUAAUCCAACUGCCUCAACCGGUCCAACCUAUGAAGGAGCUAGGGGUGAAAUGAAAGAGGUACAUAAACAACUCGCUCCAUUUAAAGAAAAAAUUAUGGAUAAAAUAGGUAGCAGCAAAGAUGUGGUGAAUUCACUUAGGAAACAGAUCGAAUCAGCCAGGUCAACGCUUCAUACUGCCGCUAAGAGUAUACAAACCCAGUUAAAAGAUCAUAUUCAAACGAAGCUAAAGAUUAUCCAGAGAAAUAUUCAGUCACAAGUUGACACCAUCAUAUCUCAGCUUAGAACACUCAGAGAGACGUUGCGAAAUAAUGUCAUUAAUGAGAUUAAUAAGUUAAAGGAGCAGGGACUUGGUGGUCAAGAUUCGAAUUGGGCGGGAAGCAGUCAAACUGCCAAGGGCCUCGCACAUAUCCAGACUACACUCAGCGGUAUCAUUGGCACUUCAGACGCCACGCACCUCGACACCUUGGAGGGAAUCAUUAAGAUAGCCGGUGAGUUCUACCAGAAAAUCAACGAUGAGGCUGACAAAGCAUUUAAAGAGAUAGAUGUAUCAAUUCACAAAGAAGUGGAAGCAACGACCACAGAUAUGAGAGACGAAGCGCAACGCCUCUACAGUAACCGCAAACAAGCGGAACUUGAAAGCUUAAAAACACUUUUAGAAACCCAAAAAGCUGCAAUGCAACAAUUAAUAGACGAAGACAAGAUAUCCGGCGUGAAAGGUAUACUAAACAAAAUUGAAACUUGGUUCCCACACAAUGGACCAGCCGCCAUUUUCAAGACUCUACACUCCUUCGAAUCAGUCACUACGGAUUUCAAAUACUUCUCGGACUCACUUUGUGACUUCAUUAAGGAGCAAGUUAAAACUCCAGUCAAGCCGUCCGUUGCUCCCAAUGAAAAUGACAAUUCCACUAAAGUGCAUUACAUUAAGAAAUCCAUAGACACUUUGCUCAGCGAACUCAGCAAUUCAAACCACUUCGAUCGUACAUUUAACGACAAUCUCGCCGCACUCAGACAGCUACUCGCCACCUUCCCUCCUUCCUCGUUCUCCGGCAUUUUCAACGGCGUGCUGCUCGAUGGCUUACGUGCCGGGUUGGACGGGCUGUGCGCGCAGUUGUGCUAUGCAUACGUUAAUACAUAUGACGGUCGAAGGGUUCGCGAGCUGAUAAAGAAUCUUAAACAUGAAGCCGGCGGAAAUAAAGUUGACGCGAUCUAUGACCUGACUGAUGACGGUCGAAAGGCGGCUAAGGUGUGCCUCACUGCACUUAAGACAGUGUGCCACGACUUGAUAAAAGUGAGAGACGAUUUUAUGUCGCGUGCUAUGCAUAAAUACAAACUCAACAAAUCCACAGAACUCGGGAAAUUCAUCAACGAUUGUGGUUUUGUUCUAUCCGAUCAACAUCAGCAGAACGGCGAACUGCGCAACAGCGACGACAUGAAGGGAACUCAAAUCAUCGAGCUUCUCAAAAAAGACGGCAAGCUAUUCCACAAAGCUCGCAGCCAUAUUUUUGCUGGCAGGAUCACUGAAGUGAACGACUAUCUCUGCGAUUACUACGCUGUUUGUAAUCUUACCAACUCCUCAUCCAGACAGCCAUGCAAUGUAUACGAAAUGCUUUGCUGGCUCACGUCGCUACAAUAUAAUGCGGUGUAUACAGAUAUGCUACGCGACGGUAUCGGUAACUUACUUGAGACUCCGGAGAGGGCACUUGGUAGCGACGAUGAAGGCCUUGUGUCGUUUGACAUGAAGGCCACGUACCUAAACGCUUAUCCAAAAAGGGUCACGUAUGGCAAUUACGAAGCUAUACUUGAACACAUUUGCGCUCAAUCGUACAUAUUGUUGACCAAAAUUCGUGGCACUGGUGAUGCGGCGACGUAUUACGCGGUUGACUGCUGUACCAACGCUCUUAAGCUAAAAUAUCCCGCGACAGGUGAGGAAUGUCUCGAUAUGCUGUUGGACAUCCUACGCAGAUUGUUCCCGCCACUUAAAUAUUUGUUGACGCAAUGCAGUAUCGAUGCUAGCAAUUUCGGCUGGCGCGAUUGCCCCUACGGCAAGGAUGUUCCGACGGUCAAAUGGCCAUGCAAUGAACACUCAAAGGAGAAACCAAAAGACCAACCAAAAUGCCAACCAAAUUGUCAACCAAAUUGCCAAGCAAAGUGCCAAGUAAAUUGUCGAUCAAAUUCGCCAUUAAUGUCUUACCUAUAUGAUUGCUUACCCGGGCACCUGCCACAUCAGCUAAGCUCUAUCGGCUGCAAGUACACAUGCUCUACUUGCGCCACUGGUAAGACAGGAAUGCCGUGUUUAACACCGCUCGGAUUCAGAGGUUUCUCAGGUGAACCGAAAACCGGCAAGGACCUGUGUGACGUUCUAACUAAAUUCUUUGAACAUGAGCAUUUGUCAUCGUUGCUCUCCCUGGCGCCCAAAGCGCCGAGCACAUUGCCGGAGCAUCUCAGUUUCACGUUAUCGCUUGUUAAACACUGGAAUAAUGGCGGUAGACAUCUGAUUCAGGAUGCGUUUACCAAGGCAAUCAAUGACCAAUCCAUUGGCUUGUACGAACAACCGGAAACCCUUAUUAAUACACUUUGCAACGUCUACGGUAAUACUAAAAAGCAUCAUAACAUGAAUGAUGACGGUAAGGAAGCUAGCUUGCCGUUUACAUCGUUGACUGCGUCUUGCACAACGCAGGAUCAUUGUGCUCCAUACCUGCGAUCCCUGUGCGACGACACUUACGCAUACUUAGUCAGCAAACAGGCUGGCACUUAUUUCUCAUGGGCAAUAUACUCACCAUGGACGUUGUGGAAAUAUGUGCAGUGCUUACUGACAGACUUCCAGAACAUAUCCUGUAAGGACUGGGGGUGCCGUGGAUGUACCCGUGGUGAUCAAUGUAAGCGUGGCCAGCACGGACUCAGCGAUGAUAAAAAUAGAAAAGCUCACUGCCAAUGCCGUUCAAUAGUCGGAUGCAGAGGAACAUCUUCGACGUUCUACAGGUAUGGUUUCACUUACGCCUCCUCUGAAAAUUUGAUUAUUAAUGGCACUAAGUGUUCUUCAUUCUUCGACCACCUGACCAGAGUACUUAAAUCGCAGUAUAUGAAAGACUUGUUGACCGAGUGCGACAACUUCCUCUGGACCAUCCGGUCACCCUUCUCCUACCUCGUCCUUUCCCUCUGGCUACUCUCCUUCCUCUACCUCCUCCACAUCAUGGUCAUCCGCCUCGACGUGCUCCACAUCAAAUCUCACUUGCACUCACCAUCAUCACAUCGCAUCGCCGCCCAGUCACUGCUCGCCGCCGCACGUGUUAACAAGCUUAACAGAGUGUUUUACCUGCAACCUUAA